GCCCUGUGGUCCUUAGAGAGUCAGUUUGUCAGUGGUUUGGGUAGGUCUACGUGGUGAGGAGUGGGACAUUGCCGUGCACCUGAACACCAUGGACGACUACCCCAUGUACGGUUUGCUUGUGGGGUUCUCCCUUUGGGGGACCCUUUGGCGUUUCAUUUUCCCAUUGGGAUUCUGGAACACAUUUUCGUGUAGGGUAGAGACCAAGGGUGAUACGACCACCCACCCCUGCACACCUGAAGAAGAGGCCAAGGCCGCCGCGAUCCUGAAGGAGAGGAGAGAGAAGAAGGAGGCCAAGAAGAAGGCCUUGUUGGAGGCGCAGGCGGCAAAGUUGAAGACGAUAGAGGAGGAGAGGCUGAAGAAAGAAGAAGAAGCGAAGUUAAAGGAAGUUGAAGAGGAAGAAGAAGAAGUAGAAGAGGAGCCACUGGAGAGGGGAAGGAGAGGUAACAGAGGGGAGUCCAGUGAGACCAAGGAAGACUUGAUGGAGAAGAAGAUUACGGAGUGGGUCGCAGGACUAACCCUGGGAGAGGAUGAGGAGGCGUUGAUGUAUGUGCCCAGGGAUGAGCAGGCGGCGGCCGUGCAAGAUGGCAAGAGUACCACCCCUUACACCAAGGCUCAGGAAGAGCAAGCCGCCGUUGUAUUAAAAGAGAGAAAAGAGAAGGAGGCCAAGAAGGACUUGAUAAGACAGGCCAAAAAGUUGGCCCUAUUGAAGGAGCAGGCAGCGAAGAGGAAGAAGUUGGAGGAGGAGAUGGAAAGAUUGAAGCAGGAGGAGGAAGAGAAAAUGAAAGCAGUGGAAGAGGAAGAGAUAGAAGAAGAAAAGGAGGAGGAGCCCCUGAUCAGGAGAGGCACUAGGGAUAAAGGGAAAUCCAGUGGCACGAAGAGGGAGGAGUCAUGGUUGGAGAAAAAGGUUUCUGAGUGGGUGGUGAAUUUGUCCCUGGGGGAAGAAGAAGAAGAAAAAGGCAUGUAUGUUCCCCGGGAGGAGCAAGAAGCAGUAGUGAAGGAGCUGGAGGCGAAAGAGGACCCUUUGCGACGCCAGACAAUAGAGGAGGAGAAGAAGUUACAGUGGAAGUUGUCUCACAAGGGAGAAGAAGAGAAGGAUAGUUGAGGCUAACAAAAUGGUGGAGUUGAA